AUGGACAGUUGCGAAGAGGAGUGCGAUCUGGAAAUCGACAGCGACGAGGAGGAGGAGCUCGGCGAGAAAUGGUAAGAAAGAGUAAUUCGCUGAAUAAAUGGUGUCCGUUUGUGGUCCGUAAACACUUGACUCUCCCUCCCUCUCCCUCUCCUUCUUUCUUAAGUCAUGUGCUUUUCCUGGUAAUUACCUUAUGCACACUUUUCAAGUGUUUGCCGUUUGAUCUCGCCAAUCUUGGAGUUGGCUGGAGCUUUUGGGCUCCAACAGGGGUGGUCUAACUUUUUCUUCGGCCACCUGUUUUCCGAGAAUUUCAAAGUUGGUACUUUGGCGCUCUUGUAGACAUCGUUGAAAAGCUGAAAAGCUUGGCCUAACUUUUCCCUUCCAUUCUCACCUUUGCCCGUUCGGAACCGUCAAAGUUAGCCUUGGCGACCCGCUAUCUGCCACGGUCAUCACUCUCUAUUUCCCUUCAUGGUCCGUUUUCAAGAGGAGCACAGAUUACAAUCUCUUCCCUUUCUCUGUGUUCUCUCCCUUUCUCCUACUUUCUCGGUCCCCAUUGGCUGUCCGAUAACUUGAUUAUAUGUUCUGUUCCAUUGCGUGUUUCCUGAUUCAUUGCCAGUACAUUCUUCUGCUUCUUCUUCUUGUUCCGAACGAAAGGAAGAAGAGAAAGAAGGAUUCUAGAGGCUACUAAUUAGUUGGUUUUCCAGUCAAACCACAAGAUUAACCGGAACUUGAUUGGUUUUUUCAUCCCCUUUCGAUCAUUUUUGAUUCUUUCGAUGCUACUGGAACCUUUCGUCAAGGUGAUUCAUAUUAUAUACCCUUGAACGGUUCAAUCCGUUUCUUGACGGUCAACGGAAUAGGAAUAGUAGGUUACGGUCAUUUAUCAAACGCAGAUGAUUUAGUGACACAAUCUCCGGAUGCGGUGGGGCAUCUGGCCAAGAUUGAGAACGUAAUACUGUCUGGGAGAUGUACAGUAGCCAAACUAUUUUCCACGUCAUCUUCCAGUUGCUUUAUAGUCUAGAUUUCUAGAAGUUUAGAAGUUCAACAUGAGAUAGUUGGUCUUACCACGUCAAGGAACUCACAAACCUCUGCAACCCUUCAAGGUCAAUUAUUGAAAAGUACAAGUUUGUUCCUUCUAGAUUUCGUUCUCUCUCUCUCUCUCUCUCUCUCUCUCUCUUCCUUCUCUCUUUGGCAUGUGUUGCAGUUGGGAAUGAAACGCGUGUGCAUGCCAGAACAGUGAUGAAUAAAUCAUGCGCCGCCCCUCCCUUCUCCCUCAUUUUCCUCUGUUCCAAUCUGUGCGCACGAGCAUGUUCACCCGCCUCUUGUUUAAUGGACAAAAGAGAGAGAAGGAAUGGAUCUUCUUCUUCUUUCUUUUGUCUAUUUGGACUCUUCUGAAUAACUUUUAUUUGAAAAUUGAGGACCAUCUCUGGAGCUCUGAAUAUUUGAGCACGUUAGGAACAUCCAGGGACUUGAGAAAUUGACGAUGACGUGGCAAAAUGCCUAGAAAACUGGUCCUUUUUGCGUGGAAAGUUGCAUUUUUCGGAAAAAACCUAUGGUGUGACGUGGCAGAGACUUUUCCUAGACCUAUUAGGCGUCAAAAACUAACAAACCCUAGGCGGUAAACCCCCCGCAAAUCCACUCUAAUCCUCUCUUUCUUUCCGUCCAUUCUCUGAUGCCAGGUGUUCAUCGGUCCGUGUUGUUGCCAUGUUCCCUCAUUUGGUCCCUAGUGGAUGGACCAUGUCUCCAGUUGGUCAGGAACCAUUUCAACGUCGUUUGAAGGCAUCAAAAUGCUGUCGCUCCUCGUCUUUUCGAGUGAGCCAUUCAUCAAAAAUGUUGUGCUCUCUCUUCCUCUUCCUCUCCCCGUUCCCCCUUUUCAAUUUCCAAAACUUCUUCCAUAUUCCAUUCAUUUUACAGCAUUUCGCUGCUCGCCAGCCUCCUUCCCGCAUCUUCCAUUUUGAGCACCGCCGGUCAAGAGCUCCGCGAGCUCGAGCCACAGUUGUUCAGUGUUCUUGAGGAGCAACACUUGUGCCAGACGACUUUGGAGACGGAAGAAGAAGAAGAGAAACAAGAAGAAGUAGAAGAAAAAGAAGUGACCGAUCCAGAAGCUUCAGAAGCUUCAGAACAGAACGAAGCCAUGGAGACACUUGAUGUAAGUUUUUGUAAAUAUUAUAGUAAUUUUCGAAAUGUCCUUAUUCUGCACAUUUGUUCGCUCUAUCGAAGUGUCCAUAUUCAUUCGUAACCCCUCAAAACUUCUUCCCCUAGCAUCGAGAACCUACCUUUUCAUGUUCACCGUCACACAGUGCUGCCAGUCUCCUCUCUUUCUUUCUCUCUUUUCUCACCUGGCCGAAACCGAAUCGAACCGCUUGUUGGGUUUAGCAUAAUCCUCUUGUCAAAUCAAAUGGGGAAACCAGUUCGGAGAGGGAGAGGAAGAUGCCAACAGAAGUGGCAGAUUGUGUCGUACAUAUUGUGUUUUAUACAAUAUGUACAGAAGGAAAAGGCCUACCUCCUUUUCACAUAUCAUUUACAUAAUAAUUCAAUCUCCCUGAGUGUCCCUCUCUCUCUCUCUCUCUCUCUCUCUCUCUCUCUCUCUCUCUCUCUCUCUCUUUCCGCUCAGAUUCCCUGUAAUUUUUGUCGGCUUCUUCUCCUCCUUCUUUUUCUUCUUCUUUCUUUUCCGGUCCACCACCCCCUUUCCUCUCUACCGCCAAAAGGGUCCACUUCCCGAGAAGACGCCAAAAAGAGCGACUCGAUUGAAUAUGCAAAUGAGCAGCCUGGUCCCUUUUGUUGGUAUUCUUCCGGGACUCUUUUUUGCUGUGGUUGCAAAAUUUUUGAAAUUCUGAGUAGAAAAAAAGGCAAACGCUGGAUGGGUAUUGAAAAUUUCUAAGACGUCUUAGAAUCUUGACACCUAGUACUUUAUUUCUGUAGUUGACAAGUUACUGUAGAUCUGAGAAGUUGGGACCACUUUGGCGCAUUCAAGUUUCAGUGCCAACUGCCGAGAGCUACAGCACAGUGCUCUUUCAGAGCUGUAGCAGCAAGAAAUGACCUUCUAGAAUCUACGUAAAUAUUGUAAUACCCGAAAUGUUUUGUCUGCGGGCUUUCACCUCUUCCUCUUUCGUCCGGCAGCUGUUCCUAGUGACCCCCAAACUCUCAAAACAUUCCUGUGUACAACAUUCCCAUUUCAAUCCAUUCCAGCCCUUUCUCUUCCCCUCCUCCUCCUUCUUCUUCUUCUUCCUCUUCAUUUCCGUUCCGACCUUGUCGUUCUUCAGAUCAUCGUUCCGCCCCCACCUCCUAAUUCAUUCCCAUUCCGAUCUUCCUCUUCUUCUUAUUUUUCUUCCUUUCCUUCCGUUUUUCAAUUUGUCGUGCACCUGUUGUGUUGCGUAACGCACUGUCAUCUCGCAUCUGCUCGGCUCGUCCCUUUUGACACCAUUCAUCAUUUUAUGUACUGUACACGGCGAUGAGAGACAGCUUUUGGGGGGUAAUGGGGUGAUUUUAAUGAAUUGAAACUGAAAUUCUGAAAAUCUUGGGAACUUUCAAGUUUUGAUGAAGUGCACACUGUAUAGAUUCCUAUUUUGCGCUAACUAAAGUGAACAUAGAUGGAAAUCUACUUUCUGAUCACUCUAGGAACUUAGAACUCUACAAAGAACUUCUGGAAAGUCAUGUAGAAGAUUCAGAUGGCCAUAGGCUUGAUAAACUCUGGAAAGGCUCAAAUUUGGGCCCGGACUCUAGAAAACUCCAAGUUUUAGUUCAAUUUUUGGAACUUGCUCGCUUCAGGAGUGUUCGGAAGCUCGAAAAACCUUUCAUAUGGAAUCUCUUGAAAACCGUAAACUUCAUCAGGCUUCAUGUGUUCUCACAAACCCCAAAAUGAGUCAAAUUUUGAUGAUGACUGUGCCUAGCCGACUCCCACGCAUUUAUCAAUCAAUCUUGUGAUUCUAGCAUCAUUUGCAUAGUGUAUUUGAUCGUGAAGCGAUGCGGAUAGAUAAAAAAGAUGGUGAUGAUGGUUUUAUUGGCACGAUUCGAUUCGAUUCUCUCCCGCUGAGGCGCUCUUUUAUGGCCCGAAAUGGUUGGCCAGGAAAGAAUGAAAAAGAGAGAGAAAGCGCAUCAUUUCUGAACACUUCCUCUCUCCCUUUCUGUAUCACUUGUGCCACUAGUUUCUGCCGCUUUUUUGGUUUUAGCCUUUUACUUUUUGAAUAUGACAUCUAGUUCUAGUUGUUCUUGUCAAGUAGGUAGGUAACGUGUUCUGAAGUUGCUGGAAGGCUUCUAAAGGCCUAAAACAAGUUCAGAGGUCGUCAUAUUCAUCUAGAAUUCUCUAAAGACCAUCUGAAACCCUUAGGACCCGAUUUUCGCCUUCCAACUCCUUCCUGAACCUUAAAAAAGUCCCUCUGUCUCUCUUCCUGCGUCUCCUCCGUGUUCCUCUCUCCCUUUCACUUCCAAUAUCACCCCGUUUCUGUACCAAAAGCGUCACCCGAACAAAGCAAAACAACCGUAAGCACACACACAAAAACACGCAAACAAUCCGUAUCUUUUUGGGACGUAUCACUCUUUCCACAUGUCGUUUGUUUGUCGUGGCAUUUAGGCCUACCACAAGUCACAGCUUCUCUAUUGUCCAUUCCCGUCUUUGGGCGUUCCUAAUUGACCAGGAGGGACCGUCUGUCACCUCCCGGUCCCCCACUAAUUACCUCGUUUAGAGACUCUCCGAGGAGAGUCAAACGAAAUAUUAUAGGCUUCUAAUUUUUGUAUACAAACUCUCCCUCUCCCUCUCCGUCUCCCGUGGGAACCUAUGGUGCAUCGACCACCGCCGCCCUCAUUGAUUUUUCACGGUUUGCCGAGCUUUUUCAAUGCGAUUCUCGGCGCUGAAUUCCAUUCGGAGGUUAUUCAUACGUACACAAUUGGUAUGUUCAGCACGCGUAUCCUAACUAUUAUGACCUUCAUAAACGGGGCAUAGACAGAAAGAGACAGAGAGAGAGAGAGAGAGAGAGAGAGGGAGGAUAUGCACUUCCGUCACUAUCACUCUCGCUCCAUAAUCGCCGUGUUUCUUUUUCCAUAUUUUUUGCUUCACUCUUUGUACACCUUCCGUCCACGUGGUCUAGAAUUUCAAAGUUAUGCCACCACUGAGAAACAAAUGCACUUUACGCCCAGGAAUAAGGUACCGCGAAUGCUCUUCGACAAAAUGCACUAAUUCCAAGUGACCGUGGAUGACCUAACUAGCUUGCUCAAUCGUAAGCUCUAGGCCAUAGGCAACAACUUUGUCCUUCAUCUUCAGAGAUGAGCGAUGCUUCUCUUUAUUCGAAAAGGAAUUGGCCAUUUCCUGAAUGUGUGGCCUCUUUCUCUUUCUCCUUCUCCUUCUUCUUCUUUCUUUUUCUCUUUCUCUUGCUCAAAUCCCUUUGUCUAUUGUCGGUCCAUCAAAAUCUUUGUCACAAACUCUUUUCGUCCUUCUUUCUCCUCUUUUUCCGUUAAAAUAUGCGCCCGCCGUCCAUGAGCUCCAAAUUUGUUUUCAUCAAUUUUUAAACACCCUCCUCCUCCCGCCGCCGCCGCCGUCGCUUUUGUUGCCUUCUUGUUUUGAGCUAACAAACACAUAAUAUACAUACUUUCUCCGCCCAGCUAUUAUUCAUUUAUUUGCCCCUUCUCACCCGGCCGCCAAGACAUUUUCGUACAAUUUCACACUUUUUUGAGUUUCUUGCAAGGCUUAGUGAGCUGGAAAAUGAAAGCAAAAGGGCAAAAUGCCAAAAAUCUAUUUUUUUCGCAACCCGCACGGUCCAAGUUACCAGUUCAAAACGCAACGACUGCGCCAGGGCAGUGAUGAGUGUUGUUUUAAGAGUGUGUACGCCGGGAUCUCAUCAAAAUUAUUUAAAAGUGUUACAGCAGUAUCCACUGGGACCGGGCGGGUGGUGUAAAUGAGGAACAGUUGUCGUGGCACCGCCAGUUACUCUCAUUUAUCUGGCGAGAGAAUCCAAUGAAAGUGUGUUGGCACGGCGCCAAGAGUUCCUUCUCCUUUCUUUCUCUCGGUCCCUAGCUGCUCAGUACCCUAUUGGACCCAUCAAUCUCCGUCAUGACUUCUUCUUCUUCUUCUUGUCCCUCUCCGAUCUCCCUCCCUCUCUCUCUCUCUUUCUCUCUGGCAGCGGGCGCCGAUGAAACAUCUUCCAUCUUCCCUCCUCCUCCCCCUUCCUUCCUUCCCUUCGUUUCCACCAUCGGAGCCCUUCUGGUGUGUGCUCCGAGGAGCCGUCACGGAAAAGAAAGAAAGAGAGAGCGAGGGAGAGUGGUGACCCCACAAAAUGUUUCCGUUUUUCGCGGGCAGAAGCGGAGACCCUUCAAUUGGACGGAGAAGGUCCCUCUUGACCACAUGUCACACCACAUUUUUUCGCUCUUUUUUGACAGCAGAUGACAGCGAAAUUCAAACUUUUUUCUUUUGCAAAGGAUUCUAGGCCAGAUGUUUAUUGGUCUAGAGGCCUAGACAAUUGCUUAGAACCAAAUUUGUCGGACAGUUUUCUAAGAUUCAAAAUCUACUAUUUAUGGGCAAGUGGCCUAACUUUCCCAGUUCUGGAAUACUAGGGCGCUCCCUGGAAAGUGCCUCUCUCUCUCGAAUUUGCCUAGGCGCAAAGCGAUGCAGACCGGAAGUCGGUGCGGCUCCAAAGAUAAGAUGAUAAUAUCUGUGUCUCUCGGUCCCGCUCGAUCUCUCGUUUCCAAUCAUUGUUACUCCUUUCUCUCCCGAUCUCCAUCGAUCUUGUUCUCACUCUCUCUCUCUCUUGCUCCGUGUGCUCCGCAAGAGCAUUGUGUGCAUUUCUCGGAUAUCCUCCUUCCUGAAAUCACUUUUCCGCGAUCAGAAUACCGUUAAGCACUAUUGUGGUCUUCUUCGGCGAAAAAGAUCCGUGGGAGUUUCGAAAGUGCACCUUACGCACUCUCUUUUUUCUUAUGCAUUAAGAAACUUGAUAUCCCUUCUCCUCCUUCCCGUACCUUUGUGUACCUCCGUGAGAGCCCCCCGUUUCCGCCCAGUUUUCUUUUCUUGUCAAUAUACUAGAAGUUACCAAACUUUCAACAAGUAUUGUAGACUCGGAAGAUGUGAUAUGAGAAUUCAACGCUAUCACUUUGAUCAUUCUCAUUCUCACUUCAAUUCGUCGCCCCGAAGUGGUAUCGUUUUCCCCCAUUUCCACUGUGUAUGCCAUAAUCCAAUUAACGAGAAGAUGAUGCGCGAUAAGCUGUGCGGUUUAUGGGCCGUCGGCCGGUAAUAGGAUUUAGAUGGCGAUCAUCAUCAUUCAUCGACAAAAUUGGCUAUGAUUCGCGCGCGUUGUGCGCUUUGCCACAUGACCCGCGCAUUCAUUUUGAAGCUUUUUUGGGUUCACAAGAGCUCUGGAAAGGGUUUUUGAAGUUCAGAAGCUUCCAGAAAUUGGUAACAAGCUUUCUAAGAGUUGUCUGUACUGUCAAAACGUUCUAAAUGUGCUAAAAACAUAAGUGAGAAGCUUGCCAAUUCUUUCCAAAGCUCUCCAGAAGAUCAGAAGCUUCUCAGACCCCCCUAGACCUUCCAGAGCUCCCAUUUUACUUCAAACUUGCUCAAAGAGCCCUGAAAUAGCUCAGAAGCCUUCCAACAGUCCAGUAGCUUCCGAACUCCUCCCUCUUCUCGUCACUCGCUUCGAACGCAUCGUAUUUCGCCCUUUCAAAGAUGUGUAUCACCUAACAAAACCCAUUCUGAUUUACGAUCUCUUCUCUUUCUCCCUCUCUCACACCCUGCAGUCAGUCAAUUGACUAAUUAACCUCGAACUGAAUCGUCUCUGAUUUAUGAGCUGGUAAUUGAUAGUCAUCUCUUCCCCUUCCUCUUCCGUCUUUUUCCUUCCCUUUUUGGGUGUGUCCGCUCCCCACCCUUUCGCAAUAUUCCAAAUGCUUCCACCAUUUCUAAUCUGAUCUUCUUCGGCUUUUCGUAAUUUUCAAUUUUCCGCCGCCGCUCCAGAUGCUCCGAGCAAUCACAAUUUGCACUUUACAACACAAAACGGGAGCACAACUUUUUUUCUCCAUAAAUUUAUUAUUAUUGGCUCUGUCCUCCGAGCAGCUUAAUCCAAUAUUCAUAAGACUGGUUCCGAUUGAUGACGAAUUGUGACACAUUAUUAAGAAAGAGAAAAGGGGGCGGAGCCUGGUACGAACAGGUGCCACACUGGUUAGUACAACGGGAACAAGAAGAGGAAGUUGAGUGAAAACGCACCAGUUUUUCAUAAUUUCUGACAGCUUUUCUUCUGAAAAACGAGGAACUUUAACCCCUUUUGGUCAAGUUUUGUGUAUCUGUCCCUUUUUGUGACAAGUAAUCCAUCAUCAUCAUCCCAUCCAGUUCAUCUCUACUCCCCCAAAAAAGGGAAGGGAAGAGUUUGUCAAACACACCUACAGUACUUGAACAUUUGAAUAAGUUUUGGUGUCUCUGGAAGGCUCUGGAUCUUUGUGGAGUUUCAGAAGUUGCCCAUCAUUUUGAUGAAUCAUAUGUAGAUUCUAGAAGCCUUUUUGACUUAAGGCAAGCUCCAGAAUCUCUUGAACAUCUUAAACGUGAAGGUCAAGAAACUUCCGGAAGCCCCUGAAAGAUGUUGAAGCGUCUUAGGUGCUCCUGGAAAAUUUCUAGAGUCUAUAACUCUAGGGUUGCUUCUGAAAGCUUUUAGAAAGUCCUCGAAGUUGCUUAAACCCAUUGAAACUGUUUAAAACUUUUCCAGAUUCUUCGUGACGACUUCUAGAAGUCUCUUUUCCUUUUCCCAUUCCUUCUCCUUCUAUCGUUUGCGUGUCCCUUUGCUUCGCCCCUUUGUGACUCAUCAUCCAAUGUCACGGAACACUUCCUCCCUCCGGGCCGCCUGUCCUUUCCUUCCACCCGCCUGGCCCCCUCUGGUUUCCGGAGAUGAUUACUCAUUCCAAAGGGCCCAGGAUUUUGGGGGGAGCCAGAGCCCGGCGAAUUACUCAUUCGGAGCCGGUGGAGCCCCAGGAAAAGACGGUGCUCGGAACGUGUCUCUGCGUCUCACUGUGUGCGUUUCCUUAAAAGGUGUGAUUGUAUUAGAAAUGCAAACAAAAAACUUUCUGCUUUCCCAUUUCUCUUUGCCUUUUUCUUCUUCUUUCCCCUUUUGAAAAUGCGUGGGCGUUCCUGUAUCAUCAUCAUGUUCUUCCCGAUUCCAAUUCCAAUUCACCUGUUGAUUAUGCAAACACCUUUUCCCGAUUCGGUCGGCGUCUCCUCGUUUCGCGCACUCUCUCGCCCUUAUCAUCCACAUUCGAAUCUCUUCAAUAUCUCACGAAUUUCUCCGAGACAUCUUGUCAUUUUCAUUUAAUAUUAUCAUUUUGUUUGUCCAACAUGACCAUUUUCAUGAUGUUCUUUCUUUCUUUUUGACUCUCUUCAAGUACCUGAUGAUGACGUCACGAGGACAUUCUUCUUCUUCUUCUUCUCUUAUCGGCACGAUGUUCUUCUGUUGAAGUUAUCACUUGUCGCUUAUCAAUUUCCAUUUAUUGAUUCGAUUUUGAGGUCAUUUUUGGAUGGAAAUGACGUGGAAUUGCUGAGUUUUGCAAGCCCUAAAAUUGAUAAACUUUAAACGAAUAUUGUAGAGUCAUACGAUGUCAUAUCGUUCUGAAAUGUGUUUUGUGAAAACUUAAUGUCUAGUGCUUACUUUUUGUAGUUGACCGCUUUUUUGUACGACCACUUCUACGAGUACUGUAGCUCCGAGAAGUUGGCCUACUUUGGUGUGUGCAAAUUUCAGCGCCAACUUCCCGGAGCCACAGUACUCCCGGGAGUACUUGUACAAAAAAGUUGUGAACUACAAAAAUAAAGUACUAGACUUGAAUUUUACCCAAAAACUUUUUCAGAGCCAGACAACCCCUAUUAACUCUACAAAAUCUUUUUGAAGUGGGGCUAAGAAUCCCGUUUUUCAAAAGUUUAAAAACAGCGAAAAUAAGAAACGUUUCGUACAGUAGCCAAUGUUACUGCCACAAAAAUGUUGGGCCAAUAUGACAUGUACAUAAAAAAGCAAAACAAAAACAUUCCUCCUCCCCCCAUCAACCAUUUUUUCGUACCAAACGAGCCCACUUUCCAUCAUUUUUCCACUUCAAUAUGUGCUCUUUCUUCUUCUUCUCUCUCUUUUUCUCAUUAGACCCAGUACACAUGUAUAGUAUACUAAUAAUAUUGGCCCAUGGCCGGGGGCCUCAUAUUGUUUCGAAUUCUUCGUUGCACCCACCGAAUUGGUGCCAAUUUGAUAUAUUAUUGCGACUGACUCACAUUUUUCCCUUUUUACAUUCAUUCUUUCGGAUUCUGAAGGCGUUAGGGCUUCUGAAUUUGCACUGAAGCUUUGAGAAACAUCUAGAAUCCUAAUUUGAGUAUUGUUGACUUUUAAGACUUCUUUUAGAAAGUUCAAUUGCUCAGUUUCAGUGCUUCUUUGAUUCUCAUCAGAAUCAGAAGCGUUGUUGAGAAUCUCUCCUUCGCAAACACAAAAUGUGUUGAAGUGAAAACGACGACAUCUUGUUGGCGGGCGGAAUACGUACACAUAUAUUGUUUUUUUUUUCGUUUUCUUCGUUUUCGGCGGCAAUGUCUCAUCCAUUUCGUUCCUUUCGCUUCUCUCGACGAAACGAACGUUUGUAUCUACUAGUUUUGUACUAGUUCUCGGCGGGUUUUAUGUGAUUUGAAAGUUUCUAAAGUGUCUAGGGCUUCUUUACGGCUUCUGGAAGCUUUCAAGACACUUUGAAGAUUUUCAACGACUGCUAGGAUGCGUUUUCAUUAUUUAGAAGACUCAGGACCUCUUCUGGAACAUUCGGAAGCUUCCUGACAGCUUCUGAAUGCCGUAACAGGUAGCUGGAGGCUUUUUGGUCAUUUCCCAGGUACGAUACCUUUUCUGUAUGCUCCAGAAGACAUAUACAAACGGUCUAAAGCUUCUCCACGACUCAACAAUGUCUAUGAUCUUCUAGAACAUUCUGAAGACUUCUGAAACGUUUAUCCAACAAGAUUCAUCCUAAUCCCGACGUCUUCUCCCCUUUCCGUUGUACUUGUUGAAAUCUGACACCAAUUCUGUUUCCGCCAGUUUUUUCUUGGCUUCAGAUUACCUGAAUUCCAAAAAGACUCCAGAAUCCUCGUUUCUUCUACGUCAUCACCCGUUCUGUAUCACUUACAAACACGCGCAUUUACACGAACAUGAUCCGAUCAAAAAGAGCACUCGCUUCUAUCAUUCGGCGUGUCCCUUCCGCGUCCGGAAAGAUAAACAAAGCGGAGCAAUCUUUCCGCGCGCUCAUAUUUGAAUAAGUGAGCAGCUUCCGCGCGCGCGCGCACACACACGCGGAACAGGGUACUCGGGAAGCGUCCUAACAGACUGUUUUAUGUUUUACACACCAGCCAUCGCGCCUGUUUUACCACUACAAGUACCAUCUACAGUAAUCCUGAGCACGUACUUGUUUGACUCUUGACCUCCUGUUCACACCACAUUGCUGCUCGAGCUCUUUUCGCUUUUCCAAUUGAUCUCCCUCAUUAAAAUCUCUGUUUUUUGCAGCCGUCUAUAAUGGACACGUACGACUUUCCGGAUCCGUACCCGGUGCAAGUGCGAGCCCGUCCGCAGGUGCCGCCGAAACCGCCCAUCGACACGGUCCGCUACAGUAUGAACAACAUUAAAGGUUGGCUCUUUUAUUACAUUUGUUGGGAGCUUUCAGGAUUAUGAAGAAAAGUGCUUGAAAUCGGUAAGAUUGCGUAGGAAUUUUUUCAGUUUGCCGCCCGUUUGUUAGAAAUUCUGUCGAAAACAGAGAAAAUCCAAGCUUAUAAUGUGUGAGAAAACGCGUCCACAAACAGUUUCUUGUCUGAAAAACUGUCUGAGAAAACAUGUUUGCGACAAUAUUUUGUUUGAACAAUGUCUCGGAAACAUGUUUUUGACAAGUUUCUGUCCAAACAUCGUAAGACAGGUUAUUGUGUUAGAAAAAUAACAAUUGAAAAUAGGGCCUUGUCUGAAAUCCGAUUCUAAACUAUGUUUUUAUGUUAAAAACUUGUGUCAAACAUGUUUCAGACAUCAUUUUGUUCAAAAAUUGUUUUGAAGCCAUUUUUUUGCUCACAAAAGUAGCGAUACAUAUUGUAGCUUUCCUGAUAAACUCCCCCCUGAAGCUUUCAGGCCACCAAAGGUACGUGUUCCCAAUUAGAUUCGGAACGUAUCCAAAACAGUAAUCUCCAUCUCCUUCCCAUCCUUUUUCCUCUUUUUCUUCUUCUUCUUCAAAGGCGGCUUCCCCGUAUCUUUUGCGUGCACCCUGGAUGAGAUUGGGUGUUCCGCGGAGACGCCGACACUCUAAUGGCGCACUAUUAUGUGCGAAAUGGUGUUGCCGAAGGUUGUUUUCGGAGACAAAUGAAUGUCAGUUGGAGAGAAACAAACUGACUGUCUGCUGACCUUCCGAAUCGGAUAGGAUCCAUUUUUUACGACCUGGGAUUAGGAGGAUCGGAGGAUCGAAUGAGAAGGAUUUCGAAGAAAAACUGUGUAGCUUCCAGUUGUCUGCAAACAUUUUGAGAAGUUUUAGAAGUGUAGAGGCAAAUCUUCCAACAGCAACUCUGCUCCAUUGGCAAUUUCUAGUAGUGAUUCAGUUUUGAGAAAAUUGAGCGACUUUCGGUAAAGCGACUCCGCUCUAUUGAUAAACGGUACAUUUUAACUUGUUCCGCUUGAGUUCUAGACAGUUUUUGAGCACUGAAAAAGCUUGAGAGCAACUUUUAAACAUCGUAAACCUUUCGGAAACCGUACCUAUCAAUUCGAAUCCCAUCCAAUUCCGGACAGCUGUCCUUUCCCAUUCCACUGCCCGCCAAUCCCCCCCCCCUUUCCUCCCUUUUUCUCCUUCGUUAUUCUUUCUUUCUUGUACCCACUGACCGACUUUCUAUGCAAAUCUUCAGAAAGCUUCACAAUAUUUCAUUAAAUUCAACGACCACCUGUUUGAGCAUUAAUUUAUAGAGUUUCGGAGCUCCGAGAACAUAAAAAGUGACAAAUUAUUAUUGCUAUAGUGGCUCGAGAGCACGUCUGCGUCGAGCAUAUUAGCCGUCUCUCGCGUGUUUUCGAGGUAGGUACGGAGAUUUGGAACUAGGUAGUUGAGCCGUUUUUGAGCACACAGCACUUGCCCAUUUCGCAACUCUUUUGUGCAAUUCAAUCAAUCGGAGACGUUUUGCAACCAAGAUCAGAAGCUCCGUUCUCUCCACUGAAGCUGCAAAGUGUCUCCGAAGGCCUAACCUCAAGGCUUUUCGGCUAUUGUCGUUUCCUCUCAUUCAUUCUAAUUCCGUUCCAUUCCGAUUCAUUUCCAAUUUGCCUUUCUUCCUUUUUCUUUUCACACUUUCCUCCUCCUACUCCGCGUUUAAAAUGACCAUUUGAUAUGUAAAUACGCGCGGAUGAACACACAUUUUUUCGAAUUGGAAACAGAAGCAAAAAGCAAAAAAGUGUUGGCAAAAAACGCCGCGUCGCUCUGAUUUAUGAAAGAAUUUCUUUGCAGAGAGAGCGAGAGAGAGAGAGAAGAAUGUGGAAAAAGUGGCGGAGAGCUUUACGAUUUUACGCUUUGACGCAAAAGUUACACUUUUAUGAAGUUAGGAGGGUGAGGGUUGACUGGAAGAGCACCACGAGCUCUGGAUGCUCCAGGAUUGAUUGAAAGGAUUUCUGAAGUUCUACGGGUGCUCUCAAUACUCUCAGAGCAAAAUAAAGAGCUUCAAAGCUCUUCCUAACGGCUGUGGAAGUUAUCUAACUGUUUGUAGAGCUCUAGGAGCAACUAAUAGUGUGUCAGAAGCUCUUGAGCUGCUUCAAAAGCAAGCGAAAGUGCUCACAUUGCUUCAGAGAUCAUAAAUGAGGCAUCUGGUCGCUCUAGAACUGUUACUGGUGGUUUUAGAGCAAAUUAGAAUGUUUCUGAUGAUCUAGGGCUCUUCUAGAAGCUCCCAGGUGCGCACGAACCUUUUCUUAUGCUCCAGUAACUUCUGAGCUCCUACAAUAGCCCAAAAAGUACUUCCCGAAGGUUCCGGUGCUCCUCCUCGCCGUCUCCUCCCGUUCGGGUCCCAAGCCCUUUUCCCAUCACUAAUCCCCCUCCUUCUCGCCAUUCGACUCUCAGUUUUCUUCACGAACUCCAUCUCAAUUUCACUAUACACACCAUAAUAUUCGAUCCCCGUCCGCCCACACAUCUUGACUCCUCGCUAAAGUGUCACAUACAUACACAACCGUACAUUCGGAGACGCUCCCAAAUUUGUACAACUCUUUCUCUCCUCGCUUUCUUUCGCAGCUUAAGCUUGGAAGCCUCGGCAAACAGUUUGGCACCUUGUGUGUGUGCUUACACGUGUUGGGGGGACAAAGGAAACAAGAGAGAGAGAGAGAGAGAGAGAGAGAGAGAGAGAGGUGUACUUGGUACUUUCUAAUGGUAUUGUCCUUACUUUUGAAUAGAAAAGGGGUCAGGACCCUUUAGGAACGAGUAGGGAUCUUCUGGAAGUUUUCGGAGUGACGGUUUUGACAUGAAUUCCUCUAAAACCGUUUGACAGUUUCUAAACCGUGAACUGACCAUUGUAGAUGAGUUUUUAAGCAUUCUGAAGUUUUCUAAAGACCUCUGAUGCUUUCUGACUGUUUCCGAAUGCUUCCCGCGUCUUCUGAUGCUUCAGAAAUGUUCAGAAGCCAUCUAUUGUAAUUCUGACGUCUCCGGAUGCGUUCUAGACCCUCCAAACCUAGCAAAAAGCUGCUUGAACUCUUCUAUGACCUUUUCAUCUGCAGAAUUGAUCAAACACCUCAGCGAACGAUCGUAAAUCACUGCCACGCCAUCCUUCUUUUUCUCCAUCAGUUCCUCUUGGGCCAGUUCAUCUUUUGACAUGUCAAACUCAUUAAUCAACAUGAUUCACCUACAUUUCACUAGUUUUUCGCUGAUUUCCCGCCAAAAACAUUGGAGAACCCCCCUAAAUUAGCGUUCUCCACCCAAUUUCUCAUCUGGCGCGCAUCUGUUAUUGUCGCUCUUUUUGUCGCCGACACCGCCGCGCGCGAUCGUCAAUUCGAAUGAAUGAGCAACAGUUGGCUCGAUGGACAAUAGCGAAAUGGACUGAUAGUGUAGUCCAUCGUCCUUUCGAUUGCCCUGUUUUCGCCUCACUCGAAUGCGACCCAAAUGCAUCCAGUUGCCACGUCAUUAACCUUGUACCAUCCAUCUGAUCCAUUCAAAAGAAACCGAUCCAUCAUCCGCCCACGCAAUCCCUUAACCUCCUUUACGUAACCCCCUUGCCCUUUUUCGGUCCCCGUUGGGUAGCCCACGCAAUUGUACAUAACAGUGUUGAGCGGAAUUCCGUCUUCCGCGUUUUCAAAUUCUAUUCUCGCAAAAAACACUGGCACAUAGAGAACAGCUGUGAUUCUGUUCAAUUCUUGCGGACCACCUGGGUGUACCUAUCAAAUGUUGCGUCACCCGGGAAGGGGUCAAAUUAGCUUCGAGUGGUUUUCGAGUAGAGACUGUUGUUGCCACGUCAUCGGAAAAGUCAAGUGCCAUCGGGCACAUAAACAUUCGUCUGUUAAUCCUUUGCAAAGUUGGCACAGCAUUGCUCGAAAAAGGGCAGACAAACUUGAAUGCUCCUGAGGUUUCUGAAGUUUCUAGAGUUUCUGACCAUCUGCUGACGCCUACAUUUGGUUCUAGAUAUUCAGAUUCGGCUCAGAAGCGCCCAGAAGCUUCAGAAUCUGCGCUCUCUAGACUCUUUGCCUCGAAAGACAUCUAGAAAGCUCUGAUAACCCGACUUUUGCCUUGUCCGUUCAUUCGCUUCGCCCCCGCAAUCUGUUCUCCGGCCCGCCCCCCGCCCGUGGUCCUUCUUCUUCUUCUCCUGCUCUCUUUCUCUCUCUCUCUCUUUCUCUUUUCCUUCUCGUCGCUCUCGGGCCGGUCAGAUGUCUGUGCACCUGUCCAUUGUUUGUGUGCUCCUCUCUCGCCUUUUCACAAUCUUUUUACUUUCCAAGACUUUUGGGACCUAAUGAGCCGGGACCUAAUUGGGAUCUUUUGAAAUCUGUGGGCUUCUGGAGCUCUAGGAGUUGUUAGAACAUAAUUCGUUAAUUGCUAUUCGCCCUUAAAGUGCUCUUUUUCCUUACGCUCUCGCUCUUUGGGCUCCGAACUGUCUUGGAUAUUAUCCAGUCGGUUCUUUUACUCUAUUGAAGUCUUGCCUGACUCCUGAGGGCUCUCAGAGAUCAAAAAGUUGCUGUUUUCUAUUCGGAACCAUUCUUUUCUGUUACUUUUCUUGCUCUACAAGAUCUGAAGGCUAUUCCAUUUAGGGUUUUUUAGGGCUCAAGCAAACUAUUUCCCGUCCAAAUACCCUUUUUACGCCAAAAAAGUGCAUUUGCGAAUUCAAAACGCGUCAACAUCGAGUCUAUCAUCUGAUAAUUCAAACACUAAUGAUAUUAGUGGGUCAUAAACAUUUCUUUCUCUUCUCUAAUAUGAUAAGAACCCCGAAAACACACAAACACUUAUUAAUUUUUGUCUAAUUUUAUAGCCCCGCUUUCCUAGACCCCCCUCCCAUUUCAAUUCGUAUCAAAUGCCAAUUUCCAGUGAAAUGUAUACAGUCUCUCGUCAUUUUUUCUCGCUCCUAACACCUCCCAGUCGAUACGUCUUAAAUGAGUGAUAAGGAAAGUAUUUAGAGCAAAAAACUCACAAAAAUGUACCAUCACAACAAUCUGGCGCGUCGAACCGAUUUCAAGCACUACGAGAGUUAUAUGAAGAAGAAACGUAGGCAUAGAAACACAAAAUAACCCAUUUUUCGUCGGUUUUCAAUAAAACUUGUUUGUAGAAUCGGCCGAUUGGCAGCUCGACGAACUUCUGGAGGAGUUGGAAGCUCUGGAGACACAGCUGAACUCGAGCAACGGAGGAGAUCAGUUGCUGCUCGGUAAGUGCGCUCUACCGAAACAUAAGCUAGUGAUUAUUUUUUUCAGGAGUGUCUGGAAUUCCGGCCUCUUCCAGUCGGGACCAUGUCAAACAAGUGUCCACUUUGCCGCCUCCGCCACCGGCUCUCUCUUACCAUCAUGCUCCGGCACACCAACAGCCACACCAUCACAGCAUUCAUCAUAACGGUCAUUUGGGCGGAUAUCAGAAUGGAAUCCAUCAGGUAUUUCGGACUUUUCGUUUCAAAUUAGAGUUGAAAAGGCUCUGAAAGGCUUUCUUUGGAUCUUGUAGCAAAUAUGAAAGCUUCACAACUUGUAUAGAUGUCUUUAUAUUCCAAGAAAAAAGUCCCGUAUAAUAUGUGCUCUCUCAAGUUGCAUCUUGUGCGCACAAACGAACGCAAUUUGUUUAUACUCUGUGGCCCUUCCUGCCAGCCAGACACCCCUUUGAAUCCUCCAAGAAAUUUGAUUUGUCCCUUUGCUUGCUCUCCGCCGGAUGCUCCCCACCGGAAGAGCCCCCGAGCUCUAGGAGCUACUGGUUGGCCAUGAGCUUGAUCCGAGCAGAAAUUUGAUACAACGUCAUAGAUGAUGAUGAUGAACAGAACAGAACAUGCGCUGAGAGCAUUGUGUACAUUGGUGCAUAUGGUUGGCGGGAGAGAGCAUGAAUAGAAAACAGAAAACACAUGGCAGAAAAGAGAAAAGAGAAGAGCAUUUAUUGUUUAGAAUGGGGGGCGACAUAUUGAGAUCGAGACGGAGAGGGCAGGAGAGGAAAUUGAUAUCCGGACGGGACUCGGACCUUUUGGGGACCGAACGUCGAGAUCCGGCAGUGAUGAGACGGCGUUAAAAGGCGUCAGAAGCUUCCAGACCUUUUCAGAAGGUUCUCUGCUGUACCAUAAGACCCCCCCCCCCCAGAUCCCUCUCGCCCAGUUGACCCAUAAUCUAUUUGAACAGAGAUUCGCGAGUCUCCAAAGCCUAACACCCAUUUCCCAGUGAGACCAUGUUUAUUUACUCAAAAGGGUCACAGACACGCAGGGGACUCACUCUUCUCAUGGCCUUUUUGGAGCAAAGAGCGGGCUCGCAAAAGGAACCGAAGAAAUGAAAAGGUUGGGAACGGUGCACGAUGGGGCAUCGGAGCAGAACCAAAAAGUUCAAGUCUGUGGGGACCUAGAGCGCAAUUUAGGAACUUUUGGGGGAGUUCUGGGAGGUCUGAGAACACCUAGGAGCUUCAGAAUCUUUACAAGACUUCAAUGUUUGAAUGAAAGUUUGAGGGAACUUCUAGAAUCUUCCGGAGCUUUCCUAAAUGCUCCUCUGACGUUCUUAUUACUGCCUGAUCCUAACAUUUGGUUGUAAUGAACAAUGGACAAGAACCCAACAACCGACUGUUAAGAUCGGGAAGAAUCCCAGACCAUCGAAAGAUUUUCAAAAGUACACAGAAGUUUCCAGGCAUUUUGAAGCAUUCUUUCUAUUUCCAAUCGCUUCCAGAACUUCCAAAAACCUUCCAAACAUCAUACUUUUUCCAGAUGACCUCAAUGGCUCCAACCACCGCCUCCUCGUGCUCUUCGCCUGACGGCGACUCGGCGUUUGGCGACUCCAGCUCCACCGAAUCGUCGACGAAUCGCUGCCGCAACUCGGCGUUCUCCUCCUCGAACGACUCUUGUCGCGAUUCGCUGAACACGCCGAGCCCCACUCAGGUCAGAUUUCGCAUUACAACGAGAGGACGUACUUGUAACUGAUGAUAGGGGGCAAAGAGGACAACCAACAAGUUGUAGUACUACUCGAGGGGGUGUUCAUUAGCCGAGAGAUCGAGUGAUUGAUGGUGAUGGUGUGGAGUGUAGGGAACGGGGAAAGCAGGAAACAGGUGGCCUAGGAUCCGACAAACUUGAGUUGGCUCUAUUGAAAGGGACCGAGCAAUAUUACUGUAUGGAAACGGUAGAGGGACAGUAAGACCACAUGAUUUAGAGGUCCCAAUGACCUAGGAUCUUAUGACUUAUGAUUUGGCAAAAGCUUUAUGGCCUAGAAUCCCGAAAAGCCAGACCUAGGCCAUUGCCGAGCAAUUUACUCGGUCGGUACCUAUCAAAAGCGUUCACCUGUCCAUUAUUAAUAGUCGCCUAAUGUAACACCCGACGAGAGAGCGCAAAGACGUGCCGCGCACAAUAUUUGAUUGUAAUGGCGAGCAGUCAAGAAGGGGAAUAAGAAUAAGAAUAUGUCAUUUCUGUUUGGGAAUCUCUCUGACAGAUGCUUUCGAGUUGGGCAAACCGGCGGACAGAUGGUAUUGGAAAGACGAAUAUCAUAAUUAAAACAUUGCAUCACCUAAUUGUGCCCAAUUUCAGGUCUCGCCACGAAAUGGAAGCAGCGAGCUGAGCGCAGAAGAAGCGAAGGCGCUCAAGAUCCGACAGGCGCUCGAGAAAAUGAAAGAAGCGAAGGUGACGCGCAUCUUUGUGAAGUUCUUCGUCGAGGACGGACAGCCCCUUCAGAUGCUCAUCGACGAGCGGUGGACUGUUGCCGACGUAAGAAAGCGAGAUUCUGGUGGCAGACUGUGAUUCUCUGAAUUUCAGACGUUGAAGCAGUUGGCCGAGAAGAACCAUAUUGCCCUCAUGGAGGAUCACUGCAUAGUCGAGGAGUAUCCCGAACUUUAUAUAAGUGAGUUUGACACCUUCCACAUUUGAAAAGGGACACAAGCGUUUGACGUUAGAUGGCAAUCAAUCUUGAACCUUUUUUUCAGAACGAGUGUACGAAGACCACGAAAAAGUGGUGGAGAACAUCCAAAUGUGGGUGCAGGACUCGCCGAACAAGCUUUAUUUCAUGCGCCGUCCGGAUAAGUACGCCUUCAUCUCUCGUCCUGAACUCUACCUUCUGACCCCGAAAACGUCGGAUCACAUGGAAAUACCGGCGGGGGAUCAAUGGACGAUCGAUGUGAAGCAGCAGUUCGUUUCCGACUAUUUCCACCGAGAACCAGUGGUUCCGCCCGAGAUGGAGGGAUUUUUGUAUUUGAAGGCGGACGGACGCAAAUCCUGGAAGAAACACUACUUUGUGCUGAGACCCAGCGGACUGUACUAUGCUCCGAAGAGCAAGAAAACGACGACGACGAAGGACCUGACGUGUUUGAUGAACCUGCACUCGAACCAGGUGUACACGGGCGUCGGCUGGGAGAAGAAGUACAAGUCGCCGAGUCCCUGGUGCAUCUCCAUCAAGCUCACCGCCCUUCAAAUGAAGCGCAGCCAGUUCAUCAAGUACAUCUGCGCGGAGGACGAACAGACGUUCAAAAAGUGGCUCGUCGCGCUGCGAAUCGCCAAAAACGGUGCGGAUCUGUUGAAAAACUACGAGCGGGCGUGCGAGAUCCGUCGGGAGACGCUCGGACCGGCCUCCUCGAUGUCCGCCGCCUCCUCUUCCACGGCCAUCUCGGAAGUGGCGCAUCCGAUGCACCAGAGAACCCCCUCCGUCGCCUCUUCCAUUCAACUAUCCUCCCAUUUGAUAAUGAACAAUCGUCCCCUUUCGGUCAACGUCAGGAACCAGUCGCCCGCGUCGUUUUCAGUCAUUUCCAACUCCCAACAAUCCCACCCGUCGCCCUCGAUCGUCUCCGAGAAACUGGAAGUGCAAUACGAUGAACAACCAACGGGGACCAUCAAAAGAGCCCCGUUGGAUGUGCUGCGAAGGGUCUCCCGAGCCUCCACCUCUUCUCCCACGAUUCGUAAGUUCUAGAAACUUUGGAAAAAUGAGCGUAACCUUUUUUAGCUCAAGAAGAAUCAGAUUCGGACGAAGAGUACCCGGCGCCGCCCCCGCAGUGCUCUGUCGUGAAAAUGGCGCCGCCGGUGACUCCGCCGAAGCCGUGCACGCCGCUUUCCUCCAAAAAAGCGCCUCCACCGCCGCCGAAGCGAUCAGAUUCGACGAAACUGCAAACGGCAUCGCCGAUGGCUCCGAUGGCGCCGGCGAAGGGCGAUCUGGAGGCGGCGUUGGCCAGAAGACGUGAGAAAAUGGCGACGAUGGAGUGCUAA